GCACACCAUGUGUAUCCACACGGCUAGAAACAUUCUCUGUGAAACCACCCACAUCCCUGUGAAGUGCAUCCUGAGGCACCUGCUGUGAUCGUUACCACACACAGGGCGGUUUGGGUGGCCUGGAGAAGGGCUGGGGGUGCGUGUGUGCAGACCAACGCGAGGGGUGCCUGCAGCUGUCAUGGAACGGGGGACAGGGUACCUGGUGCUGGGGCCGGUGUGGCCUUGGCAUUUGCCCUAGUCGGCAGGAGUCAGGGGAGGGCACAUCAGGCGGGGCUGGGGGGCCAUUCCAAGGUUCCCCUGGCCUGCUCCGGCGGAGGGAGGCUCACAGGGAGGGAUGGAGGAGUGAAGGAGAGGGUUCAGGGUUUGCUGACGGGCUAGGCGGGGUGCAGAGAGCCAUCCAGGAUAAGGUCCCUGGGAUGGGAAGGCCACUCUGGAGGGGAGAUUGCUGCUGGGGCUGGAGGUGCCAGGUGCCGGGUGCCAAUGUCAGGAGGCAGGUGGGCCCAGGAGAGUUGUGGGCAAGAGUUGCAGAUUUGGGAGUCCCCCCACCCCAUGUGAUGCUCUAAAACAGGUUUCUCUAGGUUGUUCCUAGGCCGGCUGCACUCAGAACCAUGUGUCAUGAGUGAUACCCACCCCCAGGGCAAAGCACCAGGCCUUAGACCUCAGGGUACAUUCAGCCCAGGCCAAAGCCACCGUGGGUCUCAAGAGCUGACUGUGCACGUCCCCUCAGCUCCACAUUCAGUGUUGCCAGUCGGUAAUCACAUUUGUGCAGCACCCCUCAGAGCCACACGCAUACUCACACAUGCACACACACACACACACAAUCAUACACAUGCACAGCACAUGCAUUUGCAUGCAUCUGUCUGCAUUUAUUCCGAGUGCAUGUGUACAUGCAUUUGCACGUGUGGAUGUACAUCUGUCAGUGCACAUCUACGUCUGUGAGAGCACAUGUCACGUAUGUGUGCAGAUGUAUCCAUCUGUGCACAUGUGUCUGUGUGGGCAUGCACACAUGUGCAUACGUGGCUGUGCUGUGUGUGUUUGCACGUAUCUUUGUGCAUAUGUACAGGUGUACUUGCCUAUGCAUCUGUGUCUGUGCCUGUGUGAGUAUGCGUGUGCACGUGCAUGGAUACCAGUGUGUAUACGUGUGUUUGAGAGAUUGCAUGUGUGAGCCUGCAUCUGUGUGUGUGCACAUGUGAGUGUGUACAUCACUCUGAGGGGCACUGCACAGAUGUGAGGAAGCAGGGCCACUUCCCCAGGAACCCCGGCUGCCCCCUCUUCCUGCCCCGGGUGGGGAGGCCCAGCCACAUAAAGAGGCCGGAGCCCCCUCCGCCGGCGGCUGCUGCUGGUCCCACACCUGCCGCCGCUGCCUCCAGGUCCAGGAGGGAGGGGGCCAGAGACGUAGGCUGCUCAGGGGUCUCCUGGCCCGCGCUGCCCAGGAGCAGGUCCCGCCCGCCUGCCCCUAUGACCAACAUGAGCUGGAGCUUCCUGACGCGGCUGCUGGAGGAGAUCCACAACCACUCCACCUUCGUGGGCAAGGUGUGGCUCACGGUGCUGGUGGUGUUCCGCAUCGUGCUGACGGCCGUGGGCGGCGAGUCCAUCUACUCCGAUGAGCAGUCCAAGUUCACCUGCAACACGCGGCAGCCGGGCUGCGACAACGUCUGCUACGACGCCUUUGCGCCCCUGUCGCACGUGCGUUUCUGGGUCUUCCAGAUCGUGGUCAUCUCCACGCCCUCGGUCAUGUACCUGGGCUACGCGGUCCAUCGCCUGGCCCGCGCGUCCGAGCAGGAGCGGCGCCGCGCUCUCCGCCGGCGCUCAGGGCCCCGCCGCGCGCCCCGGGCGCACCUGCCGCCCGCCCACGCCGGCUGGCCCGAGCCCGGAGACCUGGGCGAAGAGGAGCCCAUGCUGGGCCUGGGAGAGGAGGAGGAAGAGGAGGAGGUGGGCGCGGCCGAGGGUGCGGGCGAGGAGGCAGAGGAGGCGGGUGCCAAGGGGGCCGGCGGGGAUGGCAAGGCUGCGGGGGUCCCAGGCCCGGCCGGGCAGCACGACGGGCGGAGGCGCAUCCAGCGGGAGGGGCUGAUGCGCGUGUACGUGGCGCAGCUGGUGGCCAGAGCAGCCUUCGAGGUGGCCUUCCUGGUAGGCCAGUACCUGCUGUACGGCUUUGAGGUGCGGCCCUUCUUCGCGUGCAGCCGCCAGCCCUGCCCACACGUGGUGGACUGCUUCGUGUCCCGGCCCACCGAGAAAACCAUCUUCCUGCUGGUCAUGUACGUGGUCAGUUGCCUGUGCCUCCUGCUCAACCUCUGCGAGAUGGCGCACCUGGGCCUGGGCAGUGCGCAGGACGCCGUGCGCGGCCGCCGCAGCCCUGGGGUCCCCGCGCCCGCCCCCGCGCCGCGGCCCCCGCCCUGUGCCUUUCCUGCCGCGGCGGCCGCGGGCCUGGCCUGUCCGCCCGACUACAGCCUGGUGGUGCGGGCGGCGGAGCGCGCGCGCGCACACGACCAGAACCUGGCCAACCUCGCCCUGCAGGCGCUACGCGACGGGGCGCCGGCUGGCGACCGCGACGGGGACAGCCCGCCCUGCGCCUCCGGGCUCCCCGCGGCCUCUAGGGCGCCCCCCAGGGCGGGCGCCCCCGCGUCCGGGUCGGGCAGUGCCACGUCUGGGGGCACCGUCGGGGAGCAGGGCCGGCCGGGGGCGCACGAGCGGCAGGGCGCCAAGCCCAGGGCCAGCUCCGAGAAGGGCAGCGCCAGCAGCAGGGACGGGAAGACCACCGUGUGGAUCUGAGGACGGGGCGCAGGGCGCCGGGCUGAGGGAGACCCGCCGGCCUUCCUCCUCCACCGCCAUGCCCCAGGGGCAGCGGGGCUGCUCAUCCCCUCUGGGAGGGGCUGACGGGAGGAGGUUAGGCGCUGGUUAGGGAAGGAUGGGGAGGGGGCCUGGGAGCCACGAGGGUCCUCAGUUCCCUCCUCAGCUCUGGUCUGUGACCCCAGAGGGUGUCAGAGGGGGUUGUGUUUGUCAUACUCCCUGCAGCAGCAAAUAGGGCUCCUUCCCCAUGGUUUUUCCCGCAGAGCCCAGGGCAAGCCCAGGUCUUCCUUGCACAGAGGGGAAACAAACCAAGGAGGCCAGGACCUGCAGAGGCUUCUGUGCCCAGCCCUGGU